CUGACACUGAGGGCAGGCAGUGAGACUGUAAGAAGUCUGCACCAGGCAGAAGGCAGAAAGCCAGCUGAGUCCCCGAAAAGACAUGGCCCGCAGCACAAAAGCCAACUGGAACCGGAGACUUGAGAGUGUGAUCUUCCGAGCUGUUCCACUCCUUUGCUUCAGUGCCCUGAUCGCUGAAUUAAUGAUCCAGAGUGAAGUGGCGGCGUGGACGUAUCAUUACAGCACAAAAGCAUACUCCUGGAAUGUGUCUCGGGCCUUCUGCCGGAAGUACUACACAGAUUUAGUGGCCAUCCAGAAUAAAAAUGAAAUCGCCCACCUCAAUGAGGUCAUACCCUACUACAGCUCUUACUACUGGAUUGGCAUCCGAAAGAUCAAUAACGUGUGGACGUGGGUGGGAACGAAAAAGAGCCUCACGAAGGAGGCGGAGAACUGGGCGGACAAUGAGCCCAACAACAAGCGCAACAACCAGGACUGCGUGGAAAUCUACAUCAAGAGCCAGUCGGCCCCGGGCAAGUGGAAUGACGAGCCGUGCUGGAAGAAGAAGCUGGCGCUCUGUUAUACCGCGUCCUGCCAAGACAUGUCCUGCAGCAAGCAAGGGGAGUGCAUGGAGACCAUCGGGAACUACACCUGCUCCUGCUACCCUGGAUUCUAUGGGCCAGAAUGUGAACACGUGAGAGAGUGUGGAGAGUUGGACUUACCUCAAAAUGUGCUCAUGAACUGCAGCCACCCUCUGGGAAACUUCUCUUUCAACUCACAGUGUCACUUCCACUGUCCAGAAGGGUUCACCUUGAAGGGACCUGGCACCUUGGAAUGUUCUGCUUCUGGAAACUGGACAGAUAUCCCCCCGCAGUGUGUAGCCACCCUGUGCCCACCCCUGGAGACUCCUGCCCAAGGAAGCAUGGCAUGUCGUCAUUCUGCAAAAGACUUCCAGCACCAGUCCAGCUGCAGCUUCCGCUGUGAUGAGGGAUUCACACUUGUUGGGCCAGAGGAAGUUCGGUGCACUGCCUCUGGGGUGUGGACCUCCCCAGCCCCAGUGUGCAGAGCUGCUCAGUGUCGGCACCUGGAAGUGCCCAGCAAAGGAACCAUGGACUGCACUCAUCCACUUGCUGCCUUUGCUUUUGGCUCCAGCUGUAAAUUCAAGUGCCAACCUGGCUAUCGAAUGAGGGGCUUGGGCACCCUCCGAUGCAUUGGCUCUGGCCAGUGGACUGCACCCCUGCCAACCUGUGAAGCCAUCGCAUGUGACCCAGUGGAGAGUCCUGCCCAUGGAAGCAUGGAUUGCUCCCCGUCCUCGCGAGGAUUUCAGUACAACACCAGCUAUAGUUUCCGUUGUGCUGAGGGCUUCCGGCUGAGAGGGGCUGAGAUGGUUCGGUGUUCUGACUUGGGACAGUGGACAGCGCCGGUCCCAGUCUGUCAAGCUCUGCAGUGUCAAGGUCUUCGGGUUCCCAGGAAGGCUCAAAUGAACUGCUCCCAUCCCUUUGGAGCCUUCAUGUACCAGUCCUCCUGCAGCUUCACCUGUGAUGAAGGCCUGCUCCUGGUGGGUGCAAGCAUGCUGCAAUGCCUGGCUACUGGGACCUGGAGUGCUGUGCUUCCAGAAUGCCAAGCUAUUACCUGCGCACCUCUACUAAGUCCUCAGAAUGGGACAAUGACCUGUGUUCAACCUCUUGGGGAUUCCAGCUAUAAAUCCAUGUGUCGAUUCCGCUGUGAUGAGGGAUUUUCUUUGUCUGGACCAGAAAGGUUAUAUUGCACUUCAUCCGGGCACUGGACAGGUUCCUCUCCAACGUGUGAAGCCUUUAGGUGUCCAGAGCUGUUCUCCCCAGAACAAGGCAGCAUGGAUUGUUCUGACACACACGGAGAAUUCAGGGUCAGCUCCACCUGCCGCUUCUCCUGCAGCAAGGGCUUUAAGCUAAAAGGGUCCCAAGAUGUCGAAUGCACAGCUUCUGGAAAAUGGACGGCACCUCCACCCACGUGCGAAGGCAUAGCACCAGCUCCUGCUUCAGCAAUCCAAUGCCCAGUCCUCGUCACUCCUGAGCAGGGGACAAUGGCCUGUAAGCACCAUCGGGGGACCUUUGGUUUGAAUACCGCUUGCUACUUUGGAUGCCAUCCUGGCUUCACACUCAUGGGAGCCAGCCCUCUCCGGUGCAGCUCUCCAGGACAGUGGACAGCAGCAGUGCCAACGUGCAGAGCAGGGCCAUUGACUGUCCAGCAAGCCCUGACUUAUUUUGGUGGAGCCGUGGCUUCUACAAGUGGUCUCUUGAUGGGUGGGACACUUCUGGCAUUGCUGAGAAGACGGUGCAGACAAAAAGAUGAUGGGAAAAGCCCCUUGAGCCCUCAAAGCCACCUAGGAACGUACGGAGUUUUCACAAAUGCUGCAUUUGACCCGAAUCCUUAAGAGCCCUUCCUUCCUCUGGCCAUCCCAUUCAAACGUCUCAGGAUCCUGUUUUUAAACAUCAGACUGCCUGUGAGACUUGACUUCAACUACAGGCUUUGUGUUUGCUGUAAAUACCUGUGAAUAGAGGACAUGGAGUUUCCUUUGGAUUGCCUCUGGACCAGAAGAGGAGACUUGUACCACGAUCCCAAACUCUACCACUGCUUCCUGCUCCACCCCUCCUCGGCCUCCGCCACACGCAGCAGAAGUCAGGAGCAGGGCUUUCUGCUGUGAACAACGAAGGUGCCUUGGCUGUUACUUGAAAUAAGCAGCAUUAGUCAAAGUACCUGGAGCCUUUCAUUCACCAGAAGACGAGGUUGUGGAGACACACAAUGCCUCUCCAUUUGUACUGGAAGAUAGUAUCUUCUACUUUGGAAGGCAGGCAGCAGUCUCUGACUUGAAAGAAUUCCAUUAGGACCCACUGGGGUCUCUCUGGGAGCUGCUGUUUACAAAGUUUCUGCUGCUGAGGCUUCCAGAGAGGCGUCAAAUCAAUCUUACCCUACAAGUCAAAACCCCAAAUAACCACUGCCACCAAAGUUUGACUCAGAGCAACCCUCUAUGGGGUUUCUGAGGUUGCAAAUCUUCAUGGGAGCAGACAGCCUCAUCUUUCUCGUGAGGGUCAGAUGGUGGGCUUGAACUGUUCAACACUUACCCAACACCAGCUCUCCUUAUCACUCUCCCCCAAAGGACCCAGCGACAGAUAUUCAAAUCUGUAAUUAAAGAGAUUUGCCCAAA